AUGGCUGACAGACGCACUUUGUGCAAUUUUUUGCUAAGGCAACUACCCUUGGUACUAGUUGCCAAGACGAGAGUUUCGAAGUCCCGCCCCCCCUCCAUUCCGAGCAUCAGUUCACGGUGCCGUAAAAUCAAACGCCUCUAUCUGGAGAGCGAUUUCCGCUCCAUAACUUCUUCAUCUCCUGGUCCACACCCAACAUUUCUGUACCAAAUAGUCUCACUCUCCCACCCUCUCGUACAAAGGCCUGAUUGGCUUGUCUCCAGUCUGCAGAUCUCGCUCUGUUCGCCCAACAAUCAGGCUCUCCACUUCCGGCGCCUAUACAUACUGCCCAACAUGAAGGCGUGCAAGACUGGCUACAAUCGUGGCCGGUUAUGA